AUGCGGCCGGGUGGCACCAACGACAACCACCGCCUGCUGCCGCUGCAAGUGCGGCAGCACCUGGACGUGGAGCCCCGCCUGAGGGACACCAACGGCAAGAUGCUGGCGGUGCUGCUGGCCAGCCCGCGGUACCACACAAUUGCAACGCAGCAGGGCCAGGCGGUGUGGGAGGUGCUGCUGCAGCUUGCGGUGCGGGAGGGGAUGGAUGCUCUCGUGGACUGUGGCGCGCUCCUGGCCGGCACCAGCAACAGGGCUGCCGCCGACUACCUGCUGCAGCUGCUGGACCGCCAACGCUUCUCCGGGGUGUGCUACUAUGAUGAGGCGGAGCGGGAGUGGGUGGUGGCCGACCCUCAGGGCCGCCGCCAGCCCCGGGCCAGCUCCCCCAUCCGGGAGGCCCAGUGCCUCACUCUGUUUGACGAGGCGAGGUGCCGGGGCGCAGACCUGCAGCUGCGCCACGGCGCCGUGGGCCUGCUCACCCUGGGCCCGGCAACCACCAAGGACAAGCUCAUGCAGUCGGCUGGCCGGCUGCGCAAGCUGGGCAAGGGCCAGACGCUGCAGACGGUCGGCACUGCCGACGUCACAGCCAAGAUAGCGCGGGUGGCUGGGAUGGCGGACGAUGCCGCCAUCACCUCCCUCCACGUGCUGCAAUGGGCCAUGGCCAACACGGUGGCGGCAACCCAGCGCGGCGUGCUGGAGUGGGCGCACCAGGGGCUGCUGUUUGCCGCCACCCGCGGAGCCCCAGAACACGCCCUGCAGCCAGAGGUGCUGGAGCUGGCAGCCAUGUAUGGCGGCGCGCGGGACUGGUGCGGCGUGCCAGAGGUGGUGGCGGAGCAGUGCGGGCGGCGGCAGAAGGGCCGGCGGCCAGGCCUGGCGGCCGACAUGAUGCAGCUGAUGCAGCGGGUGGUGGCAGCCAGCAAGCAGUACGGCGAGGGGCACGAGGUGGUGGCGCAAGGUCAUCUUGGCGAGGAGUGUGAGAGGGAGCUGGAGAGGGAAGAGGAGGAGGAGGUGGAGCGACAGAUUCCACGAAUCGCGGCUAUGGACGAGACAGACUGGGACUAUUCCAAGGCCCUCCCGCACGUCUUCUGCACCCCCAACUUUGCCGUGGCGGUGCAGCAGCCCGAGGGCGAGGCGCUCAACGAGUACCUGCGCCCUGUGGGCCACUUGCUGCUGCUUCCUGCGGAGGAGGUGGCAGCCAAGGGCAGCAGCACCAGCGGCAGCGGCCGCAUCAGCGAGGCUGGCAGGUCCGUGCUGCUGCUGUCAGAGCGGGAGGCCAAUGGACUGCUCGAGGCGAUGUGGGCUGGCAACGGUAGAGGUGGCAGCCAGCCAGCAGGCAAAGCAGCCCCUCUGCUGGUCAGCCUGUGCUAUGCAUGUGCGGCGCCGCCGUUGCGGCUGGCAGCUGCGGUUCUAAGCGGAGGUGCGCGGCAGGCGGUGGGGCAGAUGGCGGCGGAGCUAGGUGCAGGCGCCUUCCAGCCGCAGCUGGUCAGCCUGCAGCUGUGGGAUGGCGAGGCGACGUACGUGCCAGAGGAGCCCAAGCAGGGGCAGCAGGCGCCGCGCCAGCUGGUGCUGCUGCGGCAGCUUGUGGCGGGGCGCGGCGCUGCGGCCGAGGUGCUGGUGGCGAUGCGCGGCAAGCAGGUCCUCUUCUCCCGCAGCCAGUUGGAGCUGGCGUGCGAUGCCGACCGAGGCAGGGCCUGA